AUCGUGGUGAGUCAAACGUCUGCUAAGCCAGGUAACAGCGUUAGUGCCUCAGUCGGUUCUUCACCCACAAACCGAUGUAAAAAUGUCUACUUCAGCCUCCAUGCAGGAACACCAAACAAAAAGAUUGGAACACUUCUUCAGGAAAUGAAUAAACAGCUUAUGCACGUUAAAAAUGAUGUCAGCAUUAUCAAAGCGAGAAACAUUUUAUGUAAAGGUAUAUUCACACUAGAUCAUCAUUUUUCUUUUCCACUUUUUUGGAAUUGUUCCUCAGAUAAAGGAAAUUCUAUGGAUUUUAAUCUUGUCUAUCCUGUCCUGAUUAACCUCAUCUCGUAAGAAUCUACAGAAACUCUCCUUAGGGAAAUAAAAGAGACACUCGAAAUGCAAAACGACAUUGCUUCUAUCAAAGAAAACUAGACCCUUAUUGAAUCUCGACACACCUGUACUGAAGGUAAGAGACAAAUGGAGAAGCUUGUCAUGUUAUCAACAAAGUCUUACGAUUCUUGCGCAAAUCCAUCUCAUAUGUCUUCCAACAGUUAAGAAGAACUGUGCUGAGCUGUACAAAUCUGGUAAAACAACAAGCGGCGUUUAUACAAUCGACCCUGAUGGUCUCGGUGCCUUUAAGUCUUCUGUGACCAAACGACAGCCGGCGGGGGGGGGGACAGUGUUUCAGAGAAGACUGGAUGGCUCGGUUGACUUCCAUCGCCGCUGGACCGAUUACAAGAAUAGCUUUGGUAAUCUGUAUGGUGAGUUUUGGCUGGGACUGGACAAGAUACACCGUCUUACAACAGCAAUAAAGAACAAGAUCCGUGUACAUCUGAUAGACACCAAAGGUAAAACUGCUUACGCCGAAUACAACAUGUUUGCUGUUGCCAGUGAGAAGAAUAAAUACAAGCUGUGCGUUGGAACAUACUCAGGUAACCUCAGCAAUAAUUAAGAAAUCUGUUGCUGAGAGAACUUGCAGUAUUCAUUGACUGAACUUGGAACAGCACUAUCAACUGUGCCUUAAUAAAACAAAUUGGAAUCCCUUAAGUAUUCGCUAGCAGAUAUAUAAAUCAGAAAAUGAUAGCUCGUCGAUGGGCUUUUUUUAUAAUUGCAUAGCACCAUGGGACAAAUUUCCUCCGCGGCCUUGAUGACUUCACAUUUUUCAGGAACUGCAGGCGAUUCUCUUUCUCUUCAUCGUGGCCAGCCCUUCGCAACCAAAGACAAGGACAGAAAUCGCUGUGCUGUGACCUACAAAGGAGCCUGGUGUUACGAUGGCUGUCAUCGCUCCAACCUGAAUGGACUGUACCAUCACGGAGCGCACUCAUGUUAUGCCGACGGAGUCAACUGGUAUGACUGGAAAGGAUAUCACUACUCCGUCAAGAAAGCUGAAAUGAAAAUCAGACCGGUGCAAGUUUAG